UGACUCAGGCUGAGUCGGGGGCGGGUGCACGUAUAAAACAGCGCGCACAUGGCUCCAUCUCCACUCCAACUUAUCCAGUAGUAAAGCCAACAAACUUCAACACCGAGUGGAUGUCUCACACGUUUAAAGCCAGCAGCGAAACUUGAAAGGUAAAGAAACAAUGGAGCUGAAACGUUUAUUGAAGAAGCUGGGGACGAUAGUCCGCAUCACCCUCACGUUCCUCUUCGCUCUGCUGGUGAUGGCCGUGAUGGUGUGGGCCUACGGUCAGGGCUUCCAGCUGGUGACGUCCAAGUAUGGGAUCGUCUCCUUUGGCUUUUAUGGAGUCCUCCUCUCAGUCCACCUCUUGAUCCAGAGCCUCUUCGCCUUCAUUGAGCACAAGCGGAUGAAAGCUCGCACAGACACUUGCACCUACACCAAAACAAUUGGCUUCACUAUAUCGGCUUACCAGGAGGACCCUGAAUAUCUCAGAGAGUGUCUCAACUCCAUUAAGGCCCUUAAGUAUCCCCCUGAGCUGCUGCGAAUCAUCAUGGUGGUGGAUGGGAACUCCGAUGACGACCAGUACAUGAUGGAGAUGUUCAAAGAGGUGUUUGCGGACGAGGAUCCUGGUUGUUACGUUUGGAAGAACAACUAUCACACAUGGGAUCCCACCCAGAUCCAGAUGGAUGAAGAAAUGGGCUCAGGAGGAGACGCUGAUCAUGUGACAGGAGAGGAUCCACAGAGAAAAGUAGUAGAGCAUCUGAUCCAGAGCAAGAGGUGUGUGUGCAUCAUGCAGAAGUGGGGAGGGAAGCGGGAGGUGAUGUACACAGCGUUCAAAGCCCUCGGAUCAUCGGUUGACUAUAUACAGGUGUGUGACUCAGACACUAAGCUGGACUGUCUGGCCACGGUGGAGCUGUGUAAGGUGCUGGAGAGUAACCCUAAGUAUGGUGCUGUGGGAGGAGACGUGAUGAUCCUGAACCUCAAAGACUCAUACAUCAGCUUCAUGAGCAGCCUUCGGUACUGGAUGGCUUUUAACAUUGAAAGGUCCUGCCAGUCCUUCUUCAACUGCGUGUCCUGCAUAAGUGGUCCUCUGGGUCUGUACAGGAACGACAUCCUUCAGCAGUUUUUGGAGUCUUGGUACAACCAGACAUUUUUGGGAACUCACUGCACAUUUGGUGACGACAGGCAUCUCACCAACCGCAUGCUGAGCAUGGGCUACGCCACAAAGUACACAGCACUCUCUAAAUGCUACACGGAGACGCCCGCUCAGUUCCUUCGCUGGCUCAACCAGCAGACUCGCUGGACGAAGUCUUACUUUCGGGAGUGGCUCUACAACGCAAUGUGGUGGCACAAGCACCAUCUCUGGAUGACCUACGAGUCCAUUGUCUCGGGCAUUUUCCCGUUCUUUGUCACCGCCACAAUCAUCCAUCUGUUCUGGACGGGCUCGCUGUGGGACAUCCUCUGGAUCCUGUGCUGCAUCCAGCUCAUCGGGCUGGCGAAGGCGGCUUACGCCUGCCUACUGCGGAAAGACAUGGUGAUGGUGUUCAUGUCGCUCUACUCCACCCUGUACAUGACCAGCUUGCUGCCUGCGAAGUACUUUGCCAUUCUCACAAUGAACAAAAGCAGCUGGGGGACGUCGGGGAGGCGUAAGAUUGUAGGUAACUACAUCCCCCUCCUCCCCCUGUCGGUGUGGGCUUCCAUUUUAUUAGCCGGGGUCGGAUACACGAUAUACAGAGAGAGUCAGCUGGACUGGUCAACUACAGCUAAGAUGCUUGAGACCAAGUUUCUUAUAUUUGGUUGUGUGGCCUACGUGUGCUAUUGGCUGCUCAUGAUAUUCCUCUACUGGGUGUGGUUCCGCAGGUUAUGUAGGAAGCGAGCAGGAAAAUACGUAGUUACAAGUGUGUAGGUCUGGAGUUGUAAGAUAAUUUAUUUGAAUUCAACCAUUUAUCAAGAUGAUAAAUAUUUAUUUUGUCUCACGUUACCGAGCGGCAUGUUUCAUACAGCUGCUAAACAACAAACUCACGAAAGAGAAGAAGUAUUGCAAUACUGAAUACAUCCAUACAUGUAUAUACAUCCAUAUAUGUAUACUGAAUACAUCCAUACACUACAUACACAGUAACAAAUAUUUAAACGGAUAUGAGGAUGCUGUUGCACAUUUAAAUGAAACUGUACUGUGGGCCUUUGUGGUCCAUGCACUUCUCAGGUUUUCCUUCGUGAGAUGACGACCGAAGAGGUGGCUCAUCAGAUAUUUAUUAUUGGCAUCAAAAGACUAUUUAAAAGUAUUGCUGUUUUAAGAAAUGUGGGCAAGGAUUUUUAAAAAAAAAAAAAAAAAUCUUGUAGAAUGUAUUUUGUGUUCAGAUAUGUCCAUGUACAUCUACUGUAUGUAGUUUACUAGAUUACAACACAAAGACUUUUAACUUAAACAUGCGUCGCUGUGCCAGUUUGGUCAACUUCACCACUGUUGGUGUUAUUGCACUGGAUCAUCAGCAUUACUUGAACAUAUGGAAACCUGCAGUGAGAAUAUGAAGCAGUGAGAAACGUGAACGAGACUGAACCAAAGCAUUAAGCCACUUACUGCAACAUGAGACAAAAAAUAUUAAAUAUGGUAUUUUACACAGUAAUUGUGUGCCUACUAUUGAUAUGUGAAGCGUGGGUAAGAUGCACUUUGUUUUAAUAUAUGGAAAAUGGAAAACCUGGAUGUUUUAUAUGUAUAUACAUUUGUUUGCGCUGGCUGGAAAAUGUUCUGAAAAUGUGAAAGUUUUGUGGUUUGGGGCACAUGUGUCCAAAUAAAAUAUUUUUGUAACAGGAA